AUGACUACCUUGAGCCAGCUCGAAACAUACACCAACGACCUCACCGUCGCUGCCAAAGCCCUGGCUGACCGGUAUCGGGAUGCUGGUGUUGGCUCCACUCCCCACCUGGCAGUCCCCAGCGACGCGUCGAGUCAGGUGCAUCGCGCGAGACGUGAUGUCCUCGCCAUCGUGGGCCGCCUUCAGACUUUGCUGGCCGAGCCGGCCGAGUUCAUCCAGCAUCUUGCUAGCCAGAAUCAACUCCUCGCGUGUCUGCAAUGGCUGGGCGAAUUUCAGGUGCUUGCGUAUGUCCCGCUCAGUGGCACCGUCCCUGCCAAAGACGUCGCCGACCUGGCCGGCGUGCCAGAGACACAGCUGUGCAGGAUUGUGCGCAUGACGGCGACAGCGGGCUUUCUCCACGAGCCCCAGCCCGGCCAUAUCGCGCACACGGCCCUAUCGGCGCCUUUUGUCACCAAACUCUCUUAUUUGGACGCCGCCAUGUUCCUCGCCGAAACCGCUGCCCCCAUAGCCUUGCAGAUGGCCGCAGCCACGCAGCGCCAUGGAGACUCAAAUCGCCCAAACGAGAGUGCCUAUGCCCUCGCCUUCAACACCUCGCAGACGUUCCAAUCAGCAUGUGAGCAACGAACGAAAUUACAGCGCCAAUGGUCCGCCUAUCUUCGGUGUGCGGACACAGGUGAUAGCUUUACAGAGCUUCUCAGCCGGCUAGACUGGCGCAGCCUAGGCAACGCAUGCAUAGUCGACGUGGGUGCUCACUCCACGGAAACGGCCACGGCUCUUGCAGAGCGCUAUCCAGCGCUCCACUUCAUCGUUCAGAUGAGCGAGCCGGCAUUGGCCAACGGUGCGAUGGAAGUAGGGAAAGCGAAGGAAACCAGCCUCCGGAUUACAGUACAGGAACGGGCACCUGGAGCGCUGCAAACCGUCAGGGAUGCCGCCGUGUACAUCCUUCGUCUACCCGCGCCCUCACCAGGGGUCCCAUCCCACGCUCUCUCCACGAGAAUUCUCGCCGAAUUACGGGCACAUCUUGGCUUGCUUCGCGCAAACACUUCAGUCACGCUGAUCUUGGUGCCGCGCCUGCUGCCGGAGCCAGGAACUGUUGACCCGGACGUCGAGGCCACGGCGCGUCUGCGCGACCUCUCCCGGCUCCAACUAGCUAACGAACGCGAAAUGGAGAUGGAGGAGCUGGUGGCAAUAGUGAACAGCGUUCACGACAGCAUGGGCUGGCUGGUCGUGGUCAAUAAGCUUCGCUCGCAUGACAGCGCCACGGUAGCUCUGGGCGUGAAGUAUCAAGCCUACGCAGAUACGCAUCAUGAAGCAGAGUCAACGAUAAUGUGA